AUGGAUUCGCUAGAUUUCAUGUCUGCUGCAAUCCACUUCUGCAGUGGUGCUCCUGGAUGGAUAUCCUGGCACGUCAUUCGCUUGCAAAAGAGGGCUUCGACAAGGCGGCCCCUAUCUCCUCUCCUUUUUAUCUUAUGCAUUGAUGUGCUAUACCGAAUGCUACAACUUGCUGUCGCAUCGAGCUCCCUUCCUGCGGUAGGCAUAGGAAAGGUACAGGUUCACACCUUACAAUUUGCGGACGACAUACUCCUCUUCUUCGAUGGGUCCAGCAGGUCUGUGACUAUCAUUAAGAUCAUCCUUGAUACCUUCUCCGCGAGCUCAGGCCUUAAGAUCAAUUACAACAAGAGCUCCUUAAUUCCGAUUCACUUACCUAGUGCUCAUGCUUUGGUAAUGGCCAGCUCUCUUGGUUGCUCCAUCCAGAGCUUCCCCUUAACUUAUCUUGGACUUCCUCUAUCUCCCAGGGCCCUUCAUAAAGUGGAGUACUUGCCUCUAAUUGAGAAGAUCAGCAACCAGAUCUUAGUCAAGAAUUGGGUCCGCCGCUUCGCGUCGCAUGCCACCCUGGGAUUUAAUUCCGCUCAAUGUCCUGAAGAAUCACAAGAGCUUCAGCAGUUGGCAGCAUUGAUCAGUACCUUAGAUUUUUCUGCUUCCCCCAAUGACUCGCUCGUUUGGCAUUGGAACAACACCAAAAGGUUUUCUGUAAGAAGUGCUUAUAAUUUUCUUACUUACGACGGAAUCAACAACUUCUCAACACUGUUCCUGUGGAAACUCAAGAUACUGCUUAGGGUCAAAUUAUUCAUGUGGCUAGCAGCGAAAAAAAAGGUCUUAACAACUGACAAUCUGACCAAACGUGGAUGGAUCGGCCUUUCAAUCUGCGUACUUUGCAACUCUGAUGAAGAUACUAUUGAUCAUCUCUUGCUGCACUACACUUUUGCUAGAUCUGUCUGGAUGUGGUUGCUGCAAACUACUCCAACUGGACUUCUUUUGCUGACCAACCACUCCGAAGGGAUUGUUGAUCGAUGGUGUCGACAGAGAAGGGCGGUGUUGGGGGAAAAUAAAAUUUUCUUUGAUCUAUGCUUUGCGGAGACCUGCUGGGAGUUAUGGAAAGAGGAAAUAGAAGAAUUUUCGAAAAUUGGAUGA